GGGAAGUUUUCCGCUGCACUUCUCUGUGACAGUGUGUGGCUUGGCUGUGCGGUGACCAAAUCGUUUGCUGGUACCCAAUUUAUUCCCAGAAAACAAGUUAGCCGUGCGAAAGUGUCAGACAUAGGCUAUGAUGGCAGCAGCACAGAGGUCACUUGACUUCUGCCACGAUAUACACUCAACUGCCCUCUUGCAGGGUUUGCAGGAACUGCGAUCGGAAACCCUGCUGGUAGAUGUCGUCCUUUGUGUCUCGGGAAAAGAGAUCCCGUGCCACAGAAAUGUACUCGCUGCUUGCAGUGGAUAUUUUCGUGCGAUGUUCUGCAAUGGACACCGUGAGAGCAAGGAGCAUAAGGUUACCAUUCACGAGGCCAGCCCCAGUGCCUUGCAGCUUCUUGUCGAGUAUGCCUACACGUCCAAGGUAACCAUCACAGAGGACAAUGCUGUAGAACUGAUGGAAGGGGCCAGCUUCUUCCAGGUUCCACCAGUGAGCGAUGCAUGCACAAAGUUCCUAACGGACAGUCUAUGUGUCAAAAACUGUAUGAAGAUGGUUAACUUGGGCGGCAUGCUAAACUCCAACCUGGAGGCAGAGGCAUUGUCGUAUGCCUUGAAAGAGUUUGCAGCAGCCUGCAAAACACCUGAGUUCCUUUUGUUGACAAAGGACCAGCUCAUCAAGCUCAUCUCAUCAGAUGACCUGAAUGCUCCUGAAGAGACAGUGUACACGGCAGUGCUGAGAUGGAUCAACCAUGACACCAGGAAGAGGAAGAAGGAGAUGAGAGAGCUGAUGGAGCUGGUCAGGUUCCCCUUCAUGGAUAGGAGGUAUUUCAUGGAGAAGGUGGAGACAGACAAGGCCAUGCGCAAGUGCUGCCCAGAUGUUGUUACUGAAACUUUAAGAAAUUAUGCUUUCCCUGGAGAAGUCCAAUCACCCCGCACCCGUCCCCGCCAUGCCAGUGGUCUGAGGGAGGCAGUAGUGGUCAUUGGAGGGAACGAGAAAUUAGAAGAAGGACACCCUUCUAUGUACAGUAAUGCAAUCACCAUUACUCACUCCUCUGCACCAUCAGGUGAAAGUUGGACUUCCUUGACCACAAUGAAGAACAGGGAUGACCAUGGCUUUGCUGUGGCUGUUUUAGGCACAAGUGAUAUUAUCGUAUCUGGUGGGAUUGAGGGCCCAGAUGUUUGGCUAUAUCAGGCAAGACUUGACUCCUGGUCUGAGGUUACUCCAAUGCACACAGCACGACCCUAUUGUAAGCUGGCAGUGGUGCAUGGGAAAGUAUAUGCAAUUGGUGGAAGAAUCAGCCGCUCACCUCUAUGUGUAACAGCAGAUGUUGAAGUCUAUGACCAAAGCCUGAACAAGUGGACUGAAGGUGUUCCACUCCCACAGCCAAAGUACUGUCAUGCAGUUGCAGUGUUGGAUGGUAGCAUAUACACGAUGGGUGGACGUGAUGCUGAGAAGUGUGACACAUCUACAGUAUACCGCUUUACCCCGGGAGACUCUCAGUGGUAUUCAGUAGCGUCCAUGCCUGAAGCGGCUUCAGUUAUCACCGCUUCAGCUCUCAAUGGCAGCAUCUAUGUUGCUGGGCUCCCUUCAAAGGUGCUGUGUUACAGGCCUGAGGACCUGUGGACUGUUGUAGCCCACCAUGAUGCUGUGCGCAGAUGUGGUAUGACUGUCUUUAGUGGGGAGAUUUACAUCUAUGGAGGCCGGGACAACACUAACAAUGGAACGACAAAGAUUUUGCAACUCAAUCCAGAAGACAAGUCACUUACGCAGGUGGGGACCAUGCCCGAGGGUCUGUUUGACCUAGUUUGUGUUACUAUAUUGAAGGGUUGAAUUUGAUGCACAACAGAAAACCUUGUACUUCUAAGAGCUCACCCGUUCAACUCAUUCAUGCCAUACUAGUAAAAAUGUGACAAUGUUACUUGUUAAGCCUACUAUAGCCUCCAUAGCAGGCUCUCUAUGGACUUUUUUGGCACUUUUGCUGGCCAUUUCUUUUUGUACUGGGUCGCUGAUUGCUGGCCUCUCUCAUAGCCGUCCAUUUUAGAGCCUGCAUUUUUUCGGCGGUACAAAGUCAUAUUAUAAAACGAUUAGGGCGAUUAACAAGGAGGUGCGAAUUCCCUGCCUGCCGUGGACGGCUAAUAAACUGCACGCAUCUCCGCCGGACGCGGACAGUGCGCUGUCACGCCCCGCGUGCACUGACCCGACAAUUCUCUAACGGUUUCGGGGUCAAACUGCUUUUUAAAAACACAGAAGUGAAACUUACCAGUUCGACGUUCUUUUGGUAUGUCCGACGCCUUUGCUUGGGCGGAGCGCGUAGGCCGUGACAGAUGGC